AUGAUACAUGCUAUAACCUGUUUAUUGUCUUCUCUUGCAGAAUCCUAUUCUGGAUCAACAGAUAAUACUUCCUGUGAAACUACACUAGCAGGAAACAUUGCUUUCAACGGAAUUGCUUCAGGGAGCAGUAAAUAUUCCAAUGGAGAUCCUAACAAUGCUAUUGAUGGAUGCAAAGCGACCAACUUCAGUUUCAACUCCUGUUCUCAUACUCGGAAUGAUAGUGCCUCCUGGUGGAUGCUUGAUCUGAAGGCAGAUUUUAAUAUUUGUGCAGUAGCUGUAACCAAUAGGGGAGACUGCUGUCCACAGCGUAUCAUUGGAAGUCAAAUUCAUAUUGGGAACUUUCAGGAAAACAAUGGAAUUUUGAAUCCAAGCUGCGGAACAAUCUCAUCUCUUAGUGCUGGAGCAACAAUAAUGUUUGACUGCAGUGUCAUGGAAGGUCAGUUUAUCACAAUUAACAUUCCAGGCCGUGCAGAGUAUCUGACACUCUGUGAAGUGCAAGUACUACAAUGUCCACCUUUAACAUCUGGUCAGACACUGGAUGUUGUUUUCAGCCCUGGAAAUAAUGUAAACCAAGCAAAUUGUUCAGUGGAACAGUCAACAUUUGAACAAACUACAGAGCACACAACUCAACCAAUGACCACAGCUACCCAAAAUAUCACAACUACCCAAAAGACUGUGUCUAUCCAAAACAUCAUAACUGCCCAAAAUACAACUACCCAAAACAUCAUAGCUACCCAAGAUACCAUAACUACAGAAGUUGACAUAAAGUUGUCAACAUCAGAGUCUACAGGAUGGAGUAACCUUGUCACCAAAGGAAACUUCUUUGAAGUGCAUCUGAUUAAAGAGAAAAGGACAUGGAAACAGGCCCUGCUCUACUGUCAUAACAGCUACGGAUGCCUUGUUACUGUGACCAGUGAUGACAUUCAAAAGGCUGUGGAGGCCAUUGUUAAUAAUGCCAGUACAUCUGGUGUGUGGAUUGGACUUCAUAAGCAUUGGCUUCAAGAUCAGUGGAUGUGGACCAAUGGAGAACCCUAUAAGUACAACAAGUGGAACAAAGGGGAGCCCAACAAUCCUGCAACAGAACGAUGUGGAAUGAUAGUUAUGGUCAACACAAGAGGAGAUGAUGGCGAUCUUGACUUGCAGAUUAAAGAAACUGAAUGGCAACUUAGACUCACUGCCAGGGUGAAACCUGGCAUUAAUGAUAGUAUUUCCAUCUCAACUAAGAGUAUGGCGGAGGUGCUGCCAGCAUUGACAGAUAUAGAUCAAUGUGGUUUUGUGGAGGGGAUGCAAACAUAUGAGAACAUUAAUAGAACAAUCACAGUUCAAAGGGAAUCAGAGUGUGAGAAAAUACUGGUGUCAGAAAAGGCAAGAGCACAGCAAAGUAGAAGUGACCAGAGAGCUAGUGACAGUGACUACGACAGACCUCCACUCUCCGCAAAAGCUGUCAUCGCUGAAGUACAAGCUGCUAGUGCUUCUCGCCACUUUUUCGCUCAACCACAGACAUGGAGGAGCAAAAAUGACGGCCUCUCCUAUAGCUUCUGCAAAAGGGAGAUAAAGCAGUACUUCACUGUGAGAAAUGCCAAAAUGUUAGCGCUGGAGUCCGAUUCUGGAUCCACCGUUAAUCCUUUCUGUGCAGUCCCUGCAAGAGCAAACAUUGCUUUGAAUGGAAAUGCUUCACAGAGCAGUACUUAUGAUAACUACGAACCUAUCAAGGCCAAUGAUGGAUGCAUAAAUGCCAACUUCAGUUUGCAAUCCUGUGCUCAUACAGAUAAUAAUUACAACCCCUGGUGGAUGCUAGACCUGAAGGCAUAUUUUAAUAUUUGUGCAGUAGCUGUGACCAACAGAGGAGACUGCUGUCCAGAGCGAAUUAAUGGAGCACAAAUCCAUAUUGGGAACUGUUCUGAAAAUAAUGGAACUUUUAAUCCAAGCUGUGGAACUAUCUCAUCUCUUAGUGCUGGAGCAACAAUAAUGUUUGACUGCAGUGUUAUGGAAGGUCAGUUCAUCACAAUUAACAUUCCAGGACGUGCAGAGUAUCUCACACUCUGUGAAGUACAAGUACUACAAUGUCCAUCUUUGAUUUCUGGUCAACCUCUCAGUACUGGAAAUAAUGCAAACCAAGCAAGCCAUCCAGUGGUACAGCUAACAUCUGUGGAAACUACAAAAUACACAACUCAACAAAUGACCACGGCUACCAAAAAUAUCGUAACUACAGGAGAGCACACAAAGUCUACAACAAAAGCAAUGACAACUAUAAUGCACACCAUGGAAAGACAGACUGCAAAGGCCACAACACAGGCUGUACAAGUCACUACAGCUGCUGAGAUGACCAUGCAAAGGAAAACAGGAACAGCACAGCAGACUGAGUCUACUGAGUGGAAUAACUCAGUUACCAAAGAAAAAUCCUUUGGAUUGCAUCUAAUUAAAGAGAACAAAACAUGGAAACAGGCCUUAGUCCACUGUUGUGACAAGAACAGAUGCCUGGUUAGUGUGGCCAGUGAUGACAUCCAAAAGGCUGUGGAGGCCAUUGUUAAUAAUGCCAGUACAUCUGGUGUGUGGAUUGGACUUCACAAGCAUUGGCUUCAAGAUCAGUGGAUGUGGACCAAUGGAGAACCCUAUAAGUACAACAAGUGGAACAAAGGGGAGCCCAGCAGUCCUGCCACAGAACGAUGUGGGAUGAUGUAUGCCAACAACUAUACAUGGAAUGAUGAAUACUGCUUUAAGCGUUUAAACUUUAUUUGUGUUUAAGAAAGAAUAAACUGCUAAUCUUGGAUGCUUUCAUGGCUAACAGC